GCCAGCAAGGGCUUCACUGGAAAGAGAUGUGAGACAGACAUCGACGAGUGCUCCGAUGGAUUUGUGGAGUGUGACAGUCGAGCCACUUGCGUCAACCUACCUGGCUGGUAUCACUGCGAGUGUCGUGAUGGCUACCAUGACAACGGAAUGUUCUCGGCCAAUGGAGAGUCGUGUGAAGACAUUGAUGAAUGUGAGAUGGGGCGGCACAGCUGUGCUAACGACACUGUGUGCUUUAACGUGGACGGAGGUUAUGACUGCCGCUGUCCGCACGGUAGGAACUGCACGGGCGACUGUGCCCAUGAUGGGAAGGUGAAACACAAUGGGCAGAUUUGGGUGCUGGAUGACGACAGGUGCUCGGUCUGCUCUUGUCAGUCGGGGUUGGUGAUGUGUAGACGGAUGGUGUGUGAUUGUGAGAAUCCCACAGUGGAUGUGCUGUGCUGUCCUGAAUGCGAUCCUCGCUUGAGUUCUCAGUGUUUGCAUCAGAAUGGUCUGCUAGCGUACAGCAACGGAGAGACCUGGGUGGAGAACUGCCAGCAGUGCCAGUGCAUGAGGGGUGAAGUAGACUGCUGGCCGAUAUCGUGUGCGCCGGUGGCUGACUGUGAGUUUACAGUGGUUCCAGAGGGCGAGUGCUGUCCACGCUGUGUCUCGGACCCCUGCCUGGCCGAUACCAUUCGGAAUGACAUCACCAAGAGCUGCGUGGAUGAAUACGGUGUCACUCGCUUCAGCGGCUCUGCUUGGACCAAGCACGGCAUGGAGUGUUCCCUCUGCCAAUGCAAGAAUGGUCACAUCUGUUGCUCUGUGGACCCGUUGUGCCUUUAGUCUUAUUCAAAGGCAAAAUGUCUGACUACUUCUUCUUUUCUCGCUCUCCUUUUGUCUGUUUUACUUUUCCCCCUCUUUGUCUCGGCUCUCUGUACAGUUCCAUCCCCUUCAGAAGAUAAUUUUUUACCAAAUCCUCACAUGUAUUAUAACAUAAACAAUAAACAGAUAGCUAAGUCACUCUUAACACAAGAUAAAGGUAACUAUCAGAAAACCGAAUCGUUUUAGCUUUGAACAGUGUUUAAGAUUUGCUUGAUGCAUUUGAUAAGAUGUUUAUUUGUCAUUUAAUGAUUAUCAUCAGAAACCAUGACGCAAUAUUCAGAUUAAGAGGUCAAGUUUAGCUAAUUCCAUUCAAUUUUCAGAGUUCAAUAUCAAAACUAUGUUGAAAAAAUAAAGGUUAACUUGUUAUUGAUGGCAGUAUUUUCUGCUUGAUGGGUUCAACAGACUGCAGAAAUGGUAAAAUCAUUUGUAAUUGACCUACAGGUCUUACGAGUAUUUACUUCUUUCAGUAUUAAUGGUUGUUCUGCUCCCUCCCGGGGAAAAUAUGACCUUGAUGUUGUGAAUAGUUAAUUUAAUGUGUUUCUUUUGAAUUCUGUCUUUACUUUGAUGUUUUAUGUCACACCUUCUGUCAAAUUGAUGUUUUGUUUCCUUCGAUUGCUCGGUGCACUAUUGUGACAUGGUGAAAUAAAAGGUUUCCAUUG